CCCUCAUUUCCCUCUAUAAAAACCUCGCUAGGGCAACGGGCAAAGCCUCAUCCGUUGGCGUCUUCACACACGCCCCACCUCUCUCCUCUCUCUCACAUAGAUCUCAUCCCCAUUUCGAUUUCCCGCCCUUUUCAUCGAAAAUGAGAGAGUGCAUCUCGAUCCACAUCGGCCAGGCCGGUAUCCAGGUCGGAAACGCUUGCUGGGAGCUCUACUGCCUCGAACAUGGGAUCCAGCCUGAUGGGCAAAUGCCAAGUGACAAGACUGUGGGAGGAGGUGAUGAUGCUUUCAACACCUUCUUCAGUGAAACUGGUGCUGGGAAACACGUACCCCGUGCUGUCUUUGUCGAUCUCGAGCCCACUGUUAUAGACGAGGUGAGGACUGGAACCUACCGCCAGCUCUUCCACCCUGAGCAGCUCAUUAGCGGCAAGGAAGAUGCUGCCAACAACUUUGCCCGUGGCCACUACACCAUUGGCAAAGAGAUUGUUGACCUCUGCCUAGAUCGCAUCAGGAAGCUGGCUGACAACUGCACUGGUCUCCAGGGCUUCCUUGUGUUCAAUGCUGUUGGUGGAGGCACUGGCUCAGGCCUUGGCUCUCUUCUUCUUGAGCGUCUCUCUGUGGACUAUGGCAAGAAGUCCAAGCUCGGGUUCACUGUUUACCCAUCACCUCAGGUCUCCACCUCUGUUGUUGAGCCCUACAACAGUGUUCUCUCCACCCACUCCCUUCUGGAGCACACUGAUGUCGCUGUUCUUCUUGAUAACGAGGCUAUCUAUGACAUCUGUAGGCGUUCUCUUGACAUUGAGCGUCCCACUUACACCAACCUUAACCGCCUUGUAUCUCAGGUGAUUUCGUCUCUGACUGCCUCGCUCAGAUUCGAUGGUGCACUGAACGUGGAUGUCACUGAAUUCCAAACCAACUUGGUGCCAUACCCUAGAAUCCACUUCAUGCUUUCCUCCUAUGCCCCUGUCAUCUCAGCAGAAAAGGCCUACCAUGAGCAGCUAUCCGUUGCAGAGAUCACAAACAGCGCCUUCGAGCCUUCAUCCAUGAUGGCCAAGUGCGACCCUCGCCAUGGCAAGUACAUGGCUUGCUGUCUCAUGUACCGUGGUGAUGUGGUCCCUAAGGACGUCAACGCUGCUGUUGCCACAAUCAAGACCAAGAGAACCAUCCAGUUUGUUGACUGGUGCCCCACUGGAUUCAAGUGCGGUAUCAACUACCAGCCACCGACUGUUGUUCCUGGUGGUGAUUUGGCUAAGGUGCAGAGGGCUGUGUGCAUGAUCUCUAACUCUACCAGUGUUGCUGAGGUGUUCUCGAGAAUUGAUCACAAGUUUGAUCUUAUGUAUGCUAAGCGUGCCUUUGUGCACUGGUAUGUUGGUGAGGGCAUGGAGGAGGGUGAGUUCUCUGAGGCUCGUGAGGAUCUUGCUGCUCUUGAGAAGGAUUAUGAGGAGGUUGGUGCUGAGUCGGCGGAAGGUGAAGAGGGUGAUGAGGGUGAUGAGUACUGAAGUAGCUGAUGACUGGUUGUGUUCUAUCUGUCUUGUUUGUUUGGUAUUGUCUUGAUGUUGCUGUAGGUUGUUUCCUGUUGUCUUUGUUCAGUCUGUUGCUUAUUGUUUGCUGAACUUCUCAGGCUUGCAAUAUGUUGAACUCAUAUUCUGCUUGAAUUUGAGUGUUUUUGUUGUUCUUAUGUUCUGAUAGUUACAUCUGUUUGUUUGA